AUGUCGCUGCGAUGUCUACGUGACCAGAUGGGGCUGGUUGGUCAGGAGCCGACUCUGUUUAGUGGCACCAUCGCUGAGAAUAUUUUGCUUGGUACCACCGGCAAGACAAUGGAUGACGUACGCGAAGCGUGUCGCAUGGCCAAUGCACAAGGCUUUAUUGAAGCAACACCGAAGGGUUAUGAUACAGAAGUUGGCGAACGAGGAGCUCAACUGUCUGGUGGCCAAAAGCAGCGCAUAGCUAUUGCCAGAGCAUUGGCGGUUCAACAAGCCCUGGAUGUUGCAAGCAGUGGGCGGACAUGUAUUAUCGUUGCGCAUCGUCUUUCAUCAAUCCAACACGCCGAUCAGAUAUUUUUCAUCGAAAAUGGCAAGGUUAUUGAACAGGGAACACAUCAAGAACUCAGUGAACUGGACGGCAAAUACGCUGAUCUGAUCCGGAAACAGGACCUGAAAUCACAUUAG